CAGAGACACUUCAAUCCACUUUGGAGGUCGAGCUGAAGAAAGUGGGGGUGGUGUGAGAAAAUCCUGCAUCUGCAUGAUUUAGUUCCUCUGUGGGGUGAAGAGCGUGUCGCUGUACCAUUGUAUAGCUUUCUUGGCUAUCUGAUUCCUCCAGUGCGGAUGUGUGGCUGCGCUUGUGCGCCGCGGCAUUGAGCAGAACCUUGGUGCUUUCUCGCAGGACCGGAGCGAUGGCGCGCUGCGCAUUUUGGAGCACACUGUGUCUCUUCUUCAUGUCCUGCGUCGGACUUUCUUUCGGUACCACUUUCAUCUACCCCUUCCAAGGACUCACACUGCAGCAUGUGAGCGCAGAACAAAGCGUCGCCGGACCCCCUGCAGCAGGCAUCAGCUCUCAGCGCAGGAACUGGUGCCAGUACACGGUAUCGAAGACGGUGACGUGCCAGGUACAUAACGGAACAGAGACGACGGUGCAGAGGGUUUUCCAGGGCUGUCGAUGGCCAGGACACUGCUCCAAAGUCAUCAGUUACAGGACUCUGAUCAGGCCUGCGUAUAAGGUGGCGUAUCGACAAGUGACCGCGCUCGAAUGGAGGUGCUGUCCCGGCUUCCUGGGAAGUGACUGCAGUGUAGAAUGUAUGAACUGUACGGGUUACAACGAUCUGAACAAUCGCCUGAACAACCUUGAGAGUAAGAUCAAGUUGUUACGGGAGGCUGGACCUCGGCUUCCAUCGAUCAAUACUCUGCCGGUGAGAUCAACAGACAACGAGGUUGAAACCCCAGAGCCCACCCCUAGGGGACCCCCACCUUUUUGGCAGCCAGGGACACGGGGGCCUCCAGGGCCAAUAGGACCACCUGGUUCAUCGGGACCUCCUGGACCUAAAGGAGAGGCAGGUGCUCCAGGCCGACCAGGACCCACAGGCCCGAAGGGUGAAAGAGGCUUUCCAGGUGAAAUUGGUCUUCCAGGUCCCCCAGGUCCUCCAGGACAACCUGGUCUUCCUAACUCCAUUCCUCUCCGAGGGGAUGUAUUUCAGGGUCUUAGUACAGAUGAAACGGCAGGUCGUAUAGGACCUCCAGGCCCACCCGGUCCUUCCGGCCCCCCAGGUCCUGCUGGAGCUCCUGGCCUUCCAGGAUUACCUGGACAAGAUGCACAGAAGGGUCUGCCAGGCAAAUCUGGAUUACCAGGAUUUAAAGGAGACCGAGGUGAAAGGGGACCUCCAGGAUUCAUUGGGGAGCAAGGCUUGGCUGGCCCAGUGGGUGCCAAGGGCCAGAAAGGUGAACCAGGAGAGAGCCUGCCUGACGGUGAAGGAGUUCAGCAGCUGAGAGAAGCUCUGAAGAUCCUGGCGGAACGAGUGCUCAUUCUGGAGCACAUGAUUGGCAUCCACGAGAACCCAGCAGAGGCUGGCUCUGGACUAGACGGCCUGUCAGAUGCUCUCGGUCUACAGGCAGGGAAGAUCAAACGGGCCGAAUCAGUGCGCUUCCGCUCUCUCUCUGCUGGCAAACAAAAGAGAAGGAGUGUUUGACAUUUACACUAGUGAAUUUGUCUAGCUGUUAUUCAUUACUGUUAAUAAUUAUCUUUUGAAAGCCUGAGCAAACAGCACUAUUAAGGACAUCAUUUAUAAGAAUUUGGUUUUGCUUGACAUGAAAGUGGUUUUAUAUUUUUUUUGUGUGUGUACAUUUGUGUGUAUGUACGUAUGUAUGUAUGUGUGUGUGUUUGUGUACUCUUUGUAAUUUCAGAUUUUUCUACUUUAUGGACUAUGUGCAACAUUUCAUCUUACGGUCUCUUCUGCACUCCAGUUGUUUCUUACGCGUACCCGGUAAACACACACUUGUGGACAGGUCCACACUACACCUGGUGAUGGCUCGUCAGCGUCUUUUCAGGCUUGUUCUCAGUUCUUGAGCUCGUUAAGGCCGUAGUGAGUCAGGUAGGAACAAAUGAGGCUCCUGCCUGAGAGGCAGCUCCAAAUAAAACACUGUCAAAUAAGAAACAUCUGGAUCAGGCUCAAAAAACAAACAAACACCCCAGCCACCUAUUGUUUUGGUUCGGCAGUUCUGAAAACAGCUUGUUCGGAUUUUGUAGGAUGUUUUCUGUCAGCUAAAUUGCAAGCAUGGCUUUGAUUCCCCAUAGUCUUGGCUUUCUCUGUGCUUCUUUUCUGUUUUCUCCCGUAUUAUUUGUCUCACCCUACUGUGCGAGUAAGUAUAACAAACAUAUCAGUUGGACUGCAGCUUUCCUUCUCUCGCAAUUUGCAGACCAUCUUUUCUCCCGAGUAUGUUUACUGAGAGUACAGCUGGCUCUGUAGAAGGGAAAUUAAUAGGGUACUUACUCUAAGAUAACGAAACAUGUUUCUGUGACUCGGUGCUCUGCUGUAAUGGGAUUGCCCUAUUUAUAAGCCAUUUGUUUUCGAAAGCCGGUUUCCCAGAUAACAUUUGUCUCACUCAUUUAUGCUCCAUUAACAGUGAGACAAGAUUAUAGUGUAUAUUGACUUCUGUGCAUUAGGACCCUAUUUCCAAUCAUUUAUUUAACGGUUACUGUCAUUUUAUCUUAGAUGUUAUGUAUUUUUAAUUGUUGGUUUACUUUCUCUGUAGCCUGUAAGAUUUUACCCUACGGUGACCUCUUUCUUACAUUAGCAGCUGAUCAGCGGUGGUACACUGCUGGUUCAGUAAAAUAAAAUAUUUAACCAGGUUGAUAUCAUACAGCAGUGUGAAAAAUGUUUAACAAUAAAACAUGACGUGAAUUAGUUUGACUUUGUACUGUACUGGAGACUGUAUGGUGUCAUGGCUGUUAGUAUAUUCUGCCUUGUAUUCAGACAAUAUUUACUAUUUUUGCACUCUCAUGUCAGAUUGAUAUGGCACUGACAUGGCGAUAAAAAACGAUUUCAAGGUUGUUUGCGGAAAUUGGUGCACUCAAAAAAUGUAAUGUCAUUUAAUAAAAAACUGAAAACUUA